AUGGCUGAGCUCUCCAGCGCACUGGGUUCCGCAGAGAGUGCCCCGUGCCUGUCAGUGGUUGAAGUUGGCUAUGCGCUCGCUGUAGUCGCGUUCACCCAGGUGCAGAGCGAGAUUGAAAGAGACAGCGGAAGAACUUUCCCGGACUGUGCUGUCGCUCAACGGGCCAAACCAAUCAUCACGCAGGUUGCCUCCGGGCCCUCCUCUUUGGGGGCGUGCCCCUACGGGGCACAGACUUCCUUUUACUCCUUCCUUUUGCACUCUCGCCGCCUCCUCCCGGGGAGACGCGGAGGCACCGGCGGCCCGGGGCAGCAGCACGACGGGCCACUAAGGCCACACGAAGAGUUUCUUUCUGGGAGUGCGGAACUGGGGCCCGGUUGGUGUACUGCUCGGAGCAAUGGGUCCCUAGGCGGGGCGCUGGGGAUCAAGGGGGAGCGGCCCAAGGACAUUAGCGCCGAGUGGGCGAGAAGGAGCCGCUUUGCAGCGUCAAGACCGACUUCCUCGCCUGCUUCGGAGGCUUUUGAACACUCGGAGAGGCCCUGCGUCUCACCACUUUAUUUGCUUGUAUCCGCCGCAGGCACUGCCGUAAUGAGGGAGGAGGGUCUGACUCAACCGCGGUUCCUCAAGGCUUGGGGACCGUAUGGUUUGGUGAAAGCCCGGGUCCUUAGUCCCAGGCGGGUGCCUCCGUCUUGCCCCCUGACGCGCGCGGAGGCCGAGUGGCAAGCGGUUGUCCCAAACUGUGGGUGCGCGUCCCCGCGCGCGUGUGUUCGUUUUGCAGAGCCAGCCUUUGGGGAGGUAAACCAGUUGGGAGGAGUAUUCGUGAACGGGAGGCCGCUGCCCAACGCCAUCCGGCUUCGCAUAGUGGAGCUGGCCCAACUGGGCAUCCGACCGUGUGACAUCAGCCGCCAGCUACGGGUGUCGCACGGCUGCGUCAGCAAGAUCCUGGCUCGCUACAAUGAGACAGGCUCGAUCUUGCCAGGAGCCAUUGGGGGCAGCAAGCCUCGGGUCACCACCCCCACCGUGGUGAAGCACAUCCGGACCUACAAACAGAGAGACCCCGGCAUCUUCGCCUGGGAGAUAAGGGACCGCCUACUGGCGGACGGCGUGUGUGACAAGUACAACGUGCCCUCGGUGAGCUCCAUCAGCCGCAUCCUGCGCAACAAGAUCGGCAACUUGGCCCAACAGGGCCAUUACGACUCCUACAAGCAGCACCAACCGGCGCCGCAGCCGGCGCUACCCUAUAACCACAUCUACUCGUACCCCAGCCCCAUCACGGCGGCCGCCGCUAAGGUGCCCACGCCGCCGGGGGUGCCAGCCAUCCCCGGCUCAGUGGCCAUGCCGCGCACCUGGCCCUCCUCGCACUCCGUCACCGACAUCCUGGGCAUUCGCUCCAUCACCGACCAAGGAGUGAGCGACAGCUCCCCCUACCACAGCCCCAAGGUCGAGGAGUGGAGCAGCCUGGGCCGCAGCAACUUCCCCGCCGCCGCCCCGCACGCGGUCAACGGGCUGGAGAAGGGGGCCUUGGAGCAGGAAGCCAAGUACGCGCAGGCACCAAACGGUCUCCCAGCUGUAAGCAGUUUUGUGUCAGCAGCCAGCAUGGCUCCUUAUCCUACCCCGGCCCAAGUGUCGCCCUACAUGACCUACAGCGCUGCUCCUUCUGGUUAUGUUGCUGGACAUGGGUGGCAACAUGCCAGUGGCACCCCACUUUCCCCCCACAACUGUGACAUUCCUGCGUCGCUGGCAUUCAAGGGAAUGCAGGCAGCUCGAGAAGGUAGCCACUCUGUCACAGCUUCCGCGCUCUGA